UCAUUCGUAUAUUCGACAUUCUGACGUCGGGGUCCCCCGAUAACAGUUUUUUGGCGUGCGUUUUUGUGCCGUCCAACGCCAAAUUCUUUUAAUAGCGUUGCCGUCGUCGCCGAUGAGUGCAUCUUCUUCAGCGGGUUCACUUUUUUAUUUUAUUUUCCCAUUUACUUUUUCAUUUUUUGAAACGGACAAUUCGCGUUGCGACGAUUGCGCGAAAACUUCACUCCACAUUAAUAAGCGCGUAUAUAAAGUCUUUUGGCGGUGUUUUGAAUUGACUUCGAAUUGAAUCUUCUUCGUGUUGUUGCGGCCAACUCAAAAAUAAAAAAAGAAAUUCUACGAAAGAAAAUAAACAUUUAUUUUAAAUAUGUAUGGCAUACAAUGGUUAUUAACGUUAUUGGUGAUAUCAUCACUUUGCGUCAAUGAAAUUCAUACAGUACGACCGGCUUUCGAUCUCCAAGGGGACUAUUGUCUAACAAAAACUGGACCAAGAUGUUGUUCAGGACGAAUGGAUGCCUGUUCAAGACCGAUUUUAGGUACAUUAUGUUAUUGCGAUGAUUUCUGUGAUUCAAGAAAAGAUGAAGACUGUUGCCCGGAUUAUUGGAGCGUUUGCAGAAAUGACCCCGAGCCGAUUGUUGCAAGUUGUCGCUAUCAAAACCAAGUGGUCGAAGUUAAUAAAAGCAUUAAGGAUAAUUGCAAUUUGUGUAAAUGUAAUUUGUGGAAUAUGACAUUUGCGGAGAUUUUAUGCGAAAAACAUACUUGUUUAAUUGAACCGGAUGUUAUUAACACUGUUAAUCAACAUUAUGCCAGAUAUGGAUGGACUGCUACGAAUUAUACCAAAUUUUGGGGUAGAAAACAUGAAGAAGGUAUCAGAUUACGAUUAGGUACAAAACAACCGCAUCGUUUCGUUAAAAGAAUGAAUCCAGUUAGACUCGUUUACGACCCAUAUACUUUACCAAAAGAAUUUGAUUCGGACAAAACAUGGCCUGGAUACAUAUCAGGUAUCAUUGAUCAAGGAUGGUGUGGUUCUUCUUGGGCUUUAUCAACUGUAGCGGUAGCUUCAGAUAGAUACGCUGUGAUUUCGAAAGGGUUGGAAGUCGUCCAACUCAGCGCUCAACAUCUUUUAUCUUGUGAUAAUCGCGGUCAACAAAGCUGUGAUGGUGGUCAUCUUGAUAGAGCUUGGAAUUAUUUUAGAAAAUUCGGUUUAGUCGACAAUGAUUGUUUUCCUUAUAAAGGUACUAAUGAAAAAUGUCCUUUCCCAAGGAGCGGAAAUUUAAAAACAGCUCGUUGUGCACAACCUACCAAUGAAUUUCGCACCGAUAGAUAUAUGGUUUCACCAGCUCAUAGAGUUGCUAACGAAUCUGAUAUUAUGUAUGAAAUUAUGCAUAGUGGACCAGUACAAGCCACAAUGAAAGUGUAUCAUGAUUUCUUUUCUUACCAAGGAGGUAUUUACAAACAUACUGAUUUAACUGAUAAUGAUAGAACUGGAUAUCAUUCCGUUAGAAUUGUUGGGUGGGGUGAAGAAUAUUCUUAUUCUGGAGUGCAAAAAUAUUGGAAAGUUGCAAACAGUUGGGGGACCGAAUGGGGUGAAAAUGGUUAUUUUAGAAUAGUAAAAGGACACAAUGAAUGCGAAAUAGAAACGUUUGUUUUGGGAGUAAUCCCGUUGAUUCAAUCGGAAGAGAUGAAAUAAAUAAAAAGAAUAUAAUGAGAAAAUUUGUGCCAUCUCCGACGUUGUUUAAUUUAUUAGAUUAUCUGGAUUCUUUAUUUAUACGCUAACUGCCCUUGUAUGUGUUCUGAUUUUAUUAUUUUUAAUUCUAAUUAUAAUUGAACAAAAUAUAAAAAGUAAUGAUAUAAAUUAUGUUCAAUUUAUUCUUAAUUUAAGUUAGCUUUUAUGUAUUAAGUCAUGUUUAUGUAUUAAGUCUGUAUUGUAUCAUAUGAUUUUAUUAGAUGCGAUGCUAUUUUUCUAUGUGUAUACACUGUUCGUAAUAAGUACAAUAAAAAGUAUUUCAAAACAUAAUAAAAA